AUGGGUCUGUGCCGUAGGACUCUUUGCCUUUACACCCAUCUUUCUUUAUUUUUGUUUUUCAUCAAAGAUGGCAUUGUCCUUCCAUGUGUAUUCCUCUUUAUCAGUGGAGUUUUCCUGAGCUUAAACCAGGCCCUAUCAGAGGAUAUGAUGCUGUCUGUAAUACGGCCAAAAUUCUACACAAUCGCUGGACAGCUACAGGCCUUCCUGACGCGGUUGAUUGCAGGUGUAGGUGCUCCAUUUAUUAUUGAAUAUAUAUCUGUUAAGAUCCAGGAGUCGAAUUCUGAGAAGACUUCCUUUGAAUGCAUGCAAUUUGCCCUAAUGUUUUUAACAGUAGUGGCAGUGAUUGGAGGAACCUGCUUCCUUUAUUUAAAUUUGAGCUUCAAAAAGGAUCGGGAAGCAGCGGACAAGAACGCUACCCAAGACAAUCUGAUGUGGAGAAAAGCUUGUUCAAGGUACAAAGGGGUAUAG